AUUUCCCCCCCCCCCCCCCCUCAUUCGACGUUUAACAAUGGGAUUAGGCGGUCGAUCGUGAAAUUUUGAUUAAAUGAUCCCGUUGCAGCGUUAACGCGCUCGCCAAUGGAAGUUUUCUUUUUGGCCUCUAUUAUCGCCUCACGUGCCAACUGUGUUUGUACCCUCUUCCCUAUCCCUCACGCUCCAUCCUCUCCCAACGUAACCCUAACCCUAAUUCAAACUCUUUUAUUUUAUUACAUGUUAAUUUCGAUUUUACACUCUCUAUUCUUUUGGACGGUACUGUAAUGCGUUGUUCUGGCAUAUCUAUCUUUGCGACUCCAAUCUUCUACUUCCACAAUGGAGGCGUUGAAGGAGAAUUUAGAAGAAAUAGAGAUUGGGAGCUCCGUCGAGUCAUUUCACAAGUUUUUGGAUUCGCAGAAGGAGCUUUUUCACAGUCAGAUCGAUCAACUUCAACGCAUCGUCGUCAAUCAAUGCAAACUCACCGGUGUCAAUCCUCUCUCUCAGGAGAUGGCAGCUGGUGCUAUGUCAAUAAAAAUUGGAAAAAGGCCUAGAGAUUUGCUAAAUCCUAAGGCUAUAAAGUAUAUGCAAGCAGUUUUCUCCUUAAAAGAUGCAAUCAGCAAGAAGGAAUCUCGUGAAAUAAGUGCUCAAUUUGGUGUAACAGUCACACAGGUUCGGGAUUUCUUUGCUAGCCAACGUUCAAGAGUUAGGAAACUGGUCCGUUUGUCAAGGGAGAAAGUUGCCAGAACAACUGUACGUGAACAACCACAAGAUGAGGUUCCAGCAAGUUCUGAUCCUAUGAUGCCUAUUAAUCUAGCUCCAUUAAACUCUGUGCAUCCUGAUCCUGAUCCAGUUCCCUUAAACUUUGCUGGUCCCAAUGGGGGUCCUGUAAGCUCUGUUGGUCCUUCCAGUGUUGAAGAAUCACCAUCUUGCUCAACACAGGAUGAUAUAUUACCUGGCUUAAAUGACUUAGACAAAAAUUUUGUUGAGAAUAUUUUCAUUUUGUUGCGGAAGGAAGAAACAUUUUCUGGCCAAGAGAAAUUGAUGGAAUGGAUAUUGCAAAUACAAAAUCCCUCAGUACUAAAUUGGUUUUUAACUAAGGGUGGUGUCAUGAUUUUGGCUACAUGGUUGAGUCAAGCAGCUGCUGAAGAACAAACAAGCAUUCUUCUUGUUGCCCUGAAGGUUCUUUGUCAUUUGCCCUUACAUAAAGCUCUUCCUGAACACAUGUCAGCCAUACUGCACAGUGUUAAUAGGCUGCGGUUUUACAGGACAUCAGACAUAUCAAACAGGGCAAGGGUUUUGUUAUCAAGAUGGAGCAAGAUAUUUGCAAGAAGCCAAGCUAUGAAAAAGCCAAGUGGUGUGAAAUCUUCUGUUGAUGCACAAGAAAUGAUACUGAAGCAGAGCAUUGAUGAAAUUAUGGGCAAUGAAUUAUGGCAGCCUAAUGUUGGUAAUCCUGAAGAUGGUGUUACUACUCCUGGAACUUUAGAAAAUACCAGGAAAGUGGAGCCUUCACAAACAUUAAAGCUGUUGCCAUCAUCAACAGAUGAUUCAAGUAAGAAGCAUGUCCUAGGUGUAUCCUUUACCAGAGAACGUAGAAAAGUGCAACUUGUGGAACAGCCUGGCCAGAAAACAGCUAGCAAAAGUCCCCAGGCUACAAAAGCAGUAUCCAUCAGUCAAAGUCGCCCAAUGUCUACUGAUGAUAUCCAAAAAGCAAAAAUGCGUGCUUUAUUCAUGCAGGGCAAGUAUGGAAAAACUGGUUCCUCAUCUAUUGGAACUAAUAUUAUGAAAACAGAAAGUUCCAGUAAACCCUCAAAUACUCAAUCCAGUAAUUUGUUCCCAGUUUCUAAAGCUCCCCUUCAGCCUAAGACUGUGGAACAUGAAAAACCUUUAAUAGUUCUCUCAAAAAUUUCUGAUAAGCGUGAAGGUUCCCUUGAUCCAAAGCAUAAAAUGGAUUCAAAGGAGCCUAUGGGAGAAGUGUGCAGGAGGAUCCAGAUACCUUGGAAGACACCAUCAGAAAUCAAACUCAACAGUCUCUGGAGAGUAGGCACUGGUGAGAAUAGCAAAGAAGUCGAUGUUCAGAAAAACAGAAAUCGUAGGGAGAUUGAAACCGUCUACCGGACAGUCCUAGAUAUACCAUCCAAUCCUAAGGAACCUUGGGACCUUGAGAUGGACUACGAUGACACGUUGACCCCAGAUAUCCCAGUUGAACAGCCUGCUGAUGCUGAUGCUGAUGCUGAUGCUGAUGCUGCAGAAACACAGGUGUCCCAUAAUGAAAAUAUAGUAGAGAACACAGUAGUUGCACCUGCACUCUCCUUGACCCAAAAUGAAGGUGGCAGUGCUGCAGAGCCUGACCUUGAGUUGCUUGCCGUAUUGCUCAAAAAUCCGGAAUUGGUUUUUGCAUUGACUAAUGCCCAAGGUGGUAAUCUAUCAGCCGAGGAAACUGUGAAGCUGCUUGAUAUGAUAAAGAAGAGUGGGGCUGGCUUAGCGAAUAGUUUAAGUGGGUUUGGUGGAGAAGUAAGGGAGAAGUUUGAAGUUUCUCUUCCAUCGCCAACUCCCUCGAGCAAUCCUGGAACGAGUGGAUGGAGACCUGAAGAUGCCAAGAACCCCUUUUCACAGCAAGGUUCAAGAAGGAACAGAGUUGCCUAUACUGAUCCGGUUGUCUCUACUCACAAUUCCUCCGUGGAUAAGCUUACCGGCUUAGUGCAGCCUCAGAAUCAAGCCAGUAGCACUAGAAUGCCUCAACAGCAAGCAAGCCUGCAAAUGCUACCCCAACAAGUACAAGGGGCAAUGCCUCCGUUUUCAUGGCCUCAAACAACUUCCAGUACAUCUGAGAACCGACAACCUUCUUUGGUUCUCCCAUCACAUCAAUCUUUCCCCUCAAAAUCCACGGUCUUACAAACACAGUCCUCAGAAAUGGGCUUAGCCACGAAAAAUUUACCCUUUAGUAGCCAUAGCUUAAAUAACUUCUCAGCCACAGCUGGAACUUCGAUGCGGAUAGAAACAGUGAACAACGUUAAACCAGUUCCAUCUGUAUCUUUCCCAAUGAAUGCUCCUGACAGACGACAAGAUUCAUUUCCAAUGCCAAUAGCAACACCAACACCAACUCGGCCGCAUUCACUCGUGUCCGAGCCAGCGGUUGUCCAGGCAUCUACAGGAAACCUUGUUUCGGUACCAGAUUCCUGGAGAGCUAGGCAGCGAUUAGCUUCCACUUCCGCAUCUCAAGUUAACCAAACCAAUAACGAUGGAAUGUUUCGAGGGUCUGUACAGCCUCAAGUGAGGUCAGGUCCUCCUUGGGAGAGAAAUGAAUACAAGGGUGACGAAGGGUUUGAAUCUUGGAGUCCAGAGAAUAGUCCUGGUAGGUCACCGGAGUACAUGCAAGGAAGAAACCAUACGGGAUCCGGAAGAAUAAAUACUGGGUGGAAGUAUACUCCUGAUAAUGGGUCCAGGCAACAGAAUCAUUCUGGGCGGUGGGAUCAUUACCGGAACGGAAACAGAAGGUGGCGUUGACACAUUGGAUUAAAUAUGUGUUGAGGAUGGGAUAGAGACAUUAGGAUUGGGAAUGGGGAUUUGGAACAAAGAAGACGGUUCCGGCUGUAACUGCAUUUGUUGGGAUGUGAAAGUCUCUUCCUAUUGAUUUCGAGUUUUGACGAAAAUCAUCUAAUGCUGGCGAAUUUAUACCAUCCUUAAAUUCUCUCUCUAUCUCUCUUUCUCUGUAAAGCUUGGAUGGCCCUUUGUGUCCAUUCAAGAUUCAAGAGUGAGGUUUGAGCUAGGUGGGAGAUUGCGUGCACAAAAACCCUUACUUUUAAUUUAUUGAUUUCAUUAAAAAAAAAACUCUUUAGUUUUUCGAAGAA